AUGGCCACUUUAGUUAGAGAACAGAUUUGUACAUCUGUACAAAAGGCAGGUUAUUUUACCUUACUUGUGGAUGAAACGAAGGAUCUGAGUAAAAAUGAACAAAUGUCAUUCUCUGUGCGUUACUUAGAUUCUGAUCGUUUUGAAAUAGUUGAGCGGUUUCUCACUUUUGUUGUAGCUCAUAACCUUACAGCACAGCAUUUGACUCAGUAUAUAGUUGAUACUUUGUCUCUGUUUAAUCUUGAUAUGUCGUGUAUAGUUUCGCAAGGGUAUGAUGGUGCUGCUAUGAGUGGCUCUACAGCUGGUGUUCAAACAUGUAUUAGAGAAAUAGUUCCCCAUGCAAUUUACAUCCAUUGUAGUGCACAUGUCCUGAAUUUGGUGUUGGUUGAUUGUGUGCAGUCCAUUUCCCAAGCUUCUGAGUUCUUUUUCCUACUGCAAUCAUUGUAUGUCUUUAUGUCUGCUAGUAAGGCUCACUCAUUGUUCAUUGAAAAACAAUCUGAACUACACCCAGAUAAGCAGUCAAAAGAACUACGUUUGUCUGAUACUAGGUGGGCUUGUAGAUAUGCAUCUUUAGAUGCUAUUUGUAGCACUUUUGAUGCUAUCCUAUUGAGUCUGGAAAUUAUUGGUGGUGAAACUGAUAAGUCUAAGGCAAUUAAAGCUGUUGGCCUUUAUCAUCACAUCAAUAAUUUUCAAUUUAUUUUUUGCCUGGUCAUAUUUACUCGUCUUUUGGCCAUUACAAAAUCACUCUCUGAUCAACUUCAGCGUAAAAGUUUAGAUUUUGUAAGUGCUACUGCUCUGAUAUUAUCCACUUUGGAAGCGUUAAAAGCCAUUAGAAAUGAUGCUACAUGGGAUCACACUUUCACAUACAUUAAAGAUGUAGCAGCUUUACAUAGCAUUGAAGUAGAAGAGAAUGGUCGACGUAAACAACCAAAUACUCGAUUGACUAUGUUUCUGAUUCUACACUGGGGCAAAGAGAUCAGCAAAACACAUCUAAAUCUUUAA